CCUUGUUUUCAAUGCAGCGCGGGAGAUCCAGGAGACGAGCGACUACAGUGAUUCGAGCGGGGAAGUUACGUUCACGAUGCCGUGUGAGAGAUUGCCGAUGCGUUACGGACACUCGGAGGGUCACACCGAGGUCUGCUUCGAUGACACCGGCAGAUUCAUCGUAACUUGUGGAAAUGAUGGAGAUGUUCGUAUCUGGGAGAACCUGGACGAUGAUGAUCCAAAAUUCAUCACAGUUGGCGAGAAGGUUUACUCCAUGGCGCUGAAGUGUGGAAAGCUGGUGACGGCAAGCUCCAACAACACGGUGCAGGUUCACACGUUCCCUGACGGUGAUCCGGAUGGUAUUCUGACCCGAUUUACCACGAAUGCUACUCACGUGGCGUUCAACAGAAGUGGAUCGAAAGUUGCUGCUGGCUCCAGUGACUUCAUGGUGAAGGUGGUUGAAGUGUCCGACAGCAGCAAACAGAAGACACUUCGUGGCCACGAGGCUCCAGUUCUCAGCGUCAGCUUUGACCCUGAAGAUGAAUUCCUGGUUUCUGCGAGCUGCGACGGCUCGGUGGUGGUUUGGAACAUUGAGGAGCAGUCUCAAGUCACCAGUCUUCCUUUGCUGCAAAAAACCAACGAUGUCUGUAAUGCAAAAUCUCUGUGUCGCCUAGCGUGGCAGCCUGGAGCUACACAGCUUUUGGCCGUCCCUGUGGAGUCCAAGGUUCAUCUGUAUGCACGUGGGAGCUGGGAACAUGUCAGCAGCCUGUCUGACGAUCUGAUAACAAAUAACAUCAACGUUGUGUCCUGGUCGCCAUGUGGACAGUUUUUGGCAGCGGCCAGUGUCGGAGGCGUGAUGACUGUAUGGGAUGUCAACAGUAAGCUUUGCAUUGAGAGACAGAAGCAUGAGAAGGGCUUCACGGUGUGCAGUUUGGCAUGGCAUCCGUCAGGCACCCAGAUCGCCUACACAGACGUUGAGGGCUGCCUGGGCCUCCUGGACGGUCUCAGCAGCUCUUCAUCAAACGCUGCAAAGGCAGCUUCCAUGAAAACUGGGAAGGAUUAUGACGACCUGUUUGAUGAUGACGAUGACCGACCGAUGGAUGAUGGGCUGAGUGACACCAACUCUCCCAUGAAGAAGCCUGUCGCUCAAGUUGACGACGAAGAUGACGAUGACUUCCAGAUGCCUGCGACGGGGCGUGUCAGGAACCGUGGGGCGAUACUGGACGAUGAGAACUCUGUCGACACUGGCUCCCUAAAGCUUGGUCAGCAGAAGUUUGGGGAUGAUGACGACGACACAGGCAGCGCCAUCCUGCCCACAAUGCCAGUGCGUCCUGUUUAUGACGGGCCGAUGCCAACAGCUCCCCAGAAGGCUUUCCAGCCUGGUUCCACCCCGGCUCAUCUCACUCACCGCUUCAUGAUGUGGAACUCUGUGGGAAUCAUCCGGGGCUACAAUGACGAGCAGGACAAUGCUAUCGACGUGGAAUUCCACGACAGUGCUGUGCAUCACGCCAUGCACCUGACCAACUCAUUGGGUCACACUGUGGCUGAUAUUUCCCGAGAGGCCGUGCUGCUGGCCUGCCCCAGCACCGACGAGCUGGCCAGUAAAAUCCACUGCCUGCACUUCUCCUCCUGGGACACCAACAAGGAAUGGAUAGUGGACCUGCCCACCGGUGAAGACGUCAGAGCGCUGUGUCUUGGCCAAGGAUGGGCAGCGGUCGCUACCACCUCACUGAUGCUCCGACUCUUCUCCAUUGGCGGUGUCCAGAGAGAGGUCGUGUCUCUGCCGGGACCUGUCGUCUGCUUGGCUGGACAUGGAGAGCAGCUGCUUGUUGUCUAUCACAGAGCGACUGGUUUUGAUGGGGAUCAGGCUCUGGCUGUACAGCUGCUGCAGUUCGGCCGGAAGAAGAGACAGAUCAUCCGCAGUGAACCGCUCCCACUGUCUCCAAAAUCCUACUUGAGCUGGCUGGGUUUUACUGCCGAAGGGACCCCCUGUUACGUUGAUUCCGAGGGAGUGGUGCGGAUGUUGAACCGCUCCCUGGGUCACACUUGGACACCAGUGUGCAACACCAGAGAGACCUGCAAAAGCAAAUCGGACCACUACUGGGUCGUGGGAGUGCAUGAGAACCCCCAGCAACUCCGGUGUAUACCAUGUAAAGGUGCCAGAUACCCCGCCACUCUGCCCAGACCUGCUGUGGCCAUUCUGCCGUUCAAGAUGCCGCUUUGUCAGACCAGCACAGAAAAAGGACAAAUGGAGGAGCAGUACUGGCGAUCUGUUCUCUUCCACAACCACUACGACUUUCUGUCGUCCUCCGGCUACGAGAUCGAUGAGGAUGCCCAGACUCAGUCCCAGAAAGAGCAGCAGGAGUUGCUGAUGAAGAUGUUCGCACUGUCGUGCAAGCUGGAGAGAGAGUUCCGCUGCGUGGAACUGGCCGAGCUGAUGACCCAAAACGUUGUGACGCUGGCCAUUCGAUAUGCAUCCAGAUCCAGACGCAUGGCUCUGGCUCAGAGGUUGAGCGAGAUCGCGCUGGAGAAAGCAAACCAGAUCCAAGAGGAGGAGCAGGAAGAGGAGCCAGAGUUCUCCCACCAGACUCCGUCUGGAUAUGGUCAUACUGAAGUUACAAGAAGACACCACAGCAGCAGACAUGCCGAUGCUGCUGAAGAAGAAGAAGAAGAAGAAGAGGAGCAGCAGGAGGGGGAGCCGGGUGCACCAGAGGAAGAACAUGAGAUGGAGACUGAAGGAGCCGCAGAACCCCUGAAACGUUCAAAUCCUUUCGCUAAAGGAGCUGCUUCACCUGAGAGGCCGAGGCUGACACCCAUUGCUAAAGUGGGACGUGCAAAUCCCUUCAAGGUUUCCAGUGCAGGGAAAACGGCUUUGGGUCAACCACGGGUGACCAACAUCUUGGACAACAUGGCGACCAGCCGGAAGUCGUCUCCACUCUCUGGAUCAACAAAACAAACCAAAACCACUGUUCUCAAGCCACUGGCCCCAAGACCUAAAGCAAAGACCCAAUCAACGCUCCUGCAGAUGUCCGGUUCAAAAGCAGGAAAUCAGAAGAAACAAGAGAAGUUGGAGUUGAUGUCAGAGACACCGAAACAAGUAGAGGCCUCACAGACAGAAUCACCUCCUGAGAACGUGGAAAACAAGAGACCGAGAACUGGGUUCCAGCUUUGGUUUGAGGAGAAAAGAAAGAACAUUGUAGCAGACAACCCUGACAUGGAAGAGACUGAUGUCAUCAAGGAGGCCAUGGGUCGUUUCCGAACACUGUCAGCUGAGGAGAGACUGUCCUGGACCGAGAGAGCGAAAGGCCAAACUGGGGACGAUGCUAAGAAAAGGAAGCGAGCGGACGGUGAUGUGGAGAAAGAGCAGGAUCUGAUGGCCGCAGAUGAAAACAGUGCCAAGAAAAAGAAACCUUUAGAUCCUUCGUCCAAGCUCUCUGCAUUUGCAUUCAGCCAGAAUUAGGGGGUCAUCACUGCGUUUUAAUCGGCCAGUUGUUAUCAUCCAUUUGCCGAGCAAACUGUUCCAUGUGUUCCGUGUUUUUAAA